AUGACAAUCACACCAAAAAGCAACCAAAUCCGGGAACAGUUGAGCGUCAAACGAAGUAAGCAACAACACUACUUUAACAGAACUGCAAAAGACCCUCCUGCGUUGAUUAUAGCUAGAAAAGUGUCUGUCCUUCAGGAAAAUGACACAUGGCAACCAGCAACAGUGGUAGACAAAUGCACUGAACCGCGUAGCUACAUCGUCAAAAUGCAUAGCGAUGGAAAGCUGCUAAGACGCAACAGAAGACACCUGCAAGAGCUAUAUAGACCAGAGAGACUGGCCACUUUCAUCAUACCGGGACAAGGAAUCCAACACCAUUCCAGCAGAGCACUGGUCUCACAGAAAAUGGCAAGACAACAUCCACUACAGCUCAAAAUUAUCUAUCUAUCUAUCUAUCUAUCUAUCUAUCUAUCUAAUCUAAUCUGGACAGGGAACAUUUCCUCUUUGUCGGAGUCUCCCACUCAGCAGCCAGCGUCAAAGCCCCCUGGAAUAGGAGCACGGGGCUCUAUCAGACUAAAAAAGAAAACCAAACCUGAUACACAUGUUGUUUUACAGUGCAACAACAAACAAAUGAUGGAGCUGACCAAAUUUGUUAUAUUUUGUACAAUUUUUUAUGUUCCUGUCACAUCUGUAUCUAUUCAUCUUCCAAGUCAAGAUCUUCUUGAAAAUAAAGUUGGAAUAUUUGUUUGUAAAGUUGAAGAGUCAAAACCAGAAGCUUCCUUUCAGUGGGUUAUUACUUACCAGAAUGGAUCAUUGCUGAAAAUUCAACAGCAUUCUACAAUAACUAAGACACCUAAAGGAAAACUUUGGGUAACAAGUUCCACUCUGAAGCUGAAUUUAAAGAGAGACUAUAAGAAUAUUAUGUGCAAAGCGAGAAUUGAAAAUAUGCCCUGGAAAAAUUCAGAAUAUAAAUUAUUAGAUAUAAAAUAUCCACCUGAAGGAAAGCCAAGAAUCAUUUUGUCCCAAUCUGGAGUAUGCAUAGGGAAAUCCAUAGAAAUGAAAUGUGAAUGGAAAGGUGGUAAUCCUAAUGCUACUGUAACACUAUCAUGUCUUUCUGAAGUCAAAGAAGGAGAAAUCUCUGUUAGCAUAAAAAAAGCAGUGACUCAGAAAAUGAAGAGUGAUUGUAUUUGUAAUGGAAAUCAUAUUGCAAAACAUGAUUUUAUAAGAAAAACUGUGAAUGUUCAAUAUCCUCCCAAUAAAGUAACAAUUAAUCAAGCAUCAUAUCUUGAAAGACAAACUGUAUCCUUAAUUUGUGAGGCAUCAGAUUGUAAUCCUGCAAUUUACAAUUACUCAUGGUUACCUGGCUAUUUUGCUCCCAGAAAAACAAUUGAUAUAUAUUUGACUCGAGCCAUGAACAAAGAGAGAUUUACUUGUAAUGUGUAUCAUAAAUGUCAGGGCGGUAAUCCUAUAUCAUCAACCAUAGAACUCAAUGUAGAAUAUUAUCCCAUCAUAAAUACAAUUGAUAGUAUGACAGUGAUUGAAAAUCAAAUAAAUGAAUUUAGUUGUCUGGCAGAAGGAAAUCCCAAACCAACAAUAACAUGGAAAAUUAGAAACCAGAUUUACAAGUCUAAGUUGUUGCAAGUUUCUUUUACUCGUUUUAAUGUAAGCAAAGUUCAAUGCAUUGCAACAGCUAACAGCUCCAAACAUGGCAUUUUGAAAAGUUCUAAAAACAUUUCCAUUUUUGUUGAAUAUUCACCAGUAAUUACUAUUCGUCAUAAUGUCACCAACUUACAACAAAAAGCCCAGAUCAAUUGCACAGCUCAUGCAAAUCCCAAUAAUAUACAAUACAGAAUGGUUCAAAAAUGGGGGACAAUAAUCAAAAAAGAUAUUCCAAAGAACCAUGUGACUAUCCAAAAUGUUUCUUUCCAAGACAUGGGAACCUGGAUAUGCCUUGCAAGCAAUGAUAUACCUAAAAAGAACUAUUAUAGUGAGAAAUCUACUGAAAUUAAAUUAAAUGUUGCAGCACAUUUCAAAGGUGAUAAAAAAAAAUAUGCCCUGCAUAAAACUACAGUUAAUUUGAAAAUCUGUUUUUAUUGCUAUCCUGAAGCUACUCAAGUGAUAUGGUACAAAGGGAAUAAAAUAAUGCCAGCUCGUCAAGUUUUUUACGUUCCUGCAGAAGAUGGAUUAUUUCCUUUUUCUGGCAAGUGCAGCAUCUUGGAAUUGUAUAUUGACGUAAAUGGAACCCAGGCUUAUUAUUUAAAAGUUAUCAAUCCAGUUGGCCAAAGGACUUUUAAAUUGAUUUUAGAUUCAAAGACUCCUUUAAUAAUUAUUCUAGCUGCAGUUUUAGGAUCGAAAUUCCUUAUCGUUGUGAUCGUGUUUUCAAUUGUGGGUAUAAUAUCUGCAGUAAGUGAAAGGAAUGAAAAACACAAGAAAAAAUGUAAGAAAAAAACAAGAUCAGAAGUACAUGAAGUGCCUGCUGGGUCAGAAUAUGCUACGAUAGAUGACAUCAAUUUAAAUUCAGGAACAACAACUGAAUAUGAGAUUCCUUAUGAUGAUGUGCAAAAUACAUCAAUCAACCAAAGAAAGAAAGAUGGAAAUCAACCUGAAUACGUCAAAAUUAUAGACAAUACAACUGCCAAAGGAAAGAAAGAUGGAAAUCAACCUGAAAACGUCAAAAUUAUAGACAAACCAACUGCCAAAGGGCAAGCAGAUGAAAAUAAGCCUCAAUACAUUGAAAUGAAAAACUGUUCACCUAUGAAAGGAAAGAAAGAUGGAAAUCAGCCUGAAUAUGUAAACAUUAUAGACAAGCCAACUGCCAAAGGGCAAGCAGAUGAAAAUAAGCCUCAAUACAUUGAAAUGAAAAACUGUUCACCUAUGAAAGGAAUGAAAGAUGGAAAUCAACCUGAAUACGUCAACAUUAUAGACAAGCCAACUGCCAAAGGAAUGAAAGGUGGAAAUCAACCUGAAUACGUCAAAAUUAUAGACAAGCCAACUGCCAAAGGGCAAGCGGAUGGAAAUCAGCCUCAAUGCACUGAAAUUUAA